AUGAUUACCUUAAACCACACUGGUGUUAGCCACACAGUCUUCCACUUGCUGGGCAUCCCCGGCCUCGAGGACCAGCACAUGUGGUUUUCUAUCCCUUUCUUCAUCUCCUAUGCCAUCGCUCUACUUGGGAACAGCCUCCUCAUCUUCAUUAUCCUCACGAAGCGCAGCCUCCAUGAACCCAUGUUCCUCUUCCUCUGCAUGCUGGCCGGAGCAGACCUAGUCCUCUCCACGACCACAGUCCCUCAGGCCUUGGCCAUCUUCUGGUUCCAUGCGGGGGAGAUCUCCCUGGAUCGCUGCAUCACUCAGCUCUUCUUUAUCCACUCCACCUUCAUCUCUGAGUCAGGGAUCUUGUUGGCGAUGGCGUUCGACCGCUACGUUGCCAUAUGCUACCCACUGAGAUACACCACUAUUCUCACAAACUCCUUGAUUGGUAAGAUUGGAGUGGUUAUCUUUCUGAGAAGUUAUGGUACAAUAUUCCCCAUAAUAUUUCUUCUGAAAAGACUAACUUUUUGCAGAAGUAACGUUCUUCCACACACUUGUUGUGAGCACAUUGGCCUGGCCCAAUUUUCUUGUGAUGACAUCAGAGUAAACAUCUGGUAUGGUUUUUUUGUCUUAAUGUCAACAGUGAUUUUAGAUGUCAUGCUAAUUUUUAUUUCCUAUAUGCAUAUUCUCCGAGCUGUUUUCCACAUCCCAUCCCAAGAUGCUCGCCACAAAGCUCUCAAUACUUGUGGUUCCCAUGUCAGUGUCAUCAUCCUCUUUUAUGGGCCUGGGAUCUUCUCAGUGCUCACUGAGCGGUUUGGACGCCACAUCGCACCCCAUAUUCACGUACUGCUGGCAAAUGUCUGCAUUCUAGCUCCCCCCAUGCUGAAUCCCAUCAUUUAUGGAAUCAAGACCAAACAGAUCUGGGACCAAGUGAUUCAUGUCUUGUUUCCAAAAGUGAAAUGA